CGAUCUCCUUUACUAUCCCGUCUCAGCACCCUUCAUUUUCAUUUCUUUUUCCAGAACUUUUCUCGUCCUCUUUUUACUUUCCCCUUUCUUCUUCCUUUUCAAUAAACAAAAGAAGGAAAGAUCAAAUCAAUGGCAGAUUGGGGUCCUGUUUUAGUAGCGACGGUGCUGUUCGUAUUACUGUGUCCUGGUCUGUUGUUUCAGAUACCUGGUAAGAACAAGGUUGUCGAGUUCGGGAACAUGCAAACCAGUGGAGCUUCGGUUCUCGUUCACGCUAUUAUCUACUUUGGUCUUAUUACCAUCUUCUGUCUCGCCAUUGGUGUUCAUAUCUAUGCUUCCCAAUAAUCUUUAGCUGUUGCUUGCUGCACUUUUCACUUUCUCAUUAUUAAUGGGUUUCAUUUUCUAUUGAUUUUGCUUAAUCUGUUAUAAUUGAAGCUGUGUUUUAAUAGACUCUUUUAGGGAUUAAUUUAUGUAUUUUGGUCGAUCUGGGAAAUGCAUUUGAGUUUGAAAUUGUAUUGA